AUGUUUUAUAGAGAUCUCUUCGUUUGGUUUCGUCACCGGGCGGCGAAAGGUGAAAUCCUCUUCUCCCGACGUUAUUAUAAUGCCGGUAAGUUCCUCGCUCAACGCGUAAUCCCAUAUCUCACAUUAUCUGAGCCUCGGAGUAUAUUCCGGUACUUGAUCGGAGCGGCGGUUAUGAUGAUCGGCGUCGUGUUACCGGUUGGUUACAUGAUGUUCCGCAACAAGCGCGUCCCCUCCUCGUCUUCCUACUCUAAACGCUUGUUUAGGGUAUUAUUAUGUAGAGGAAGGUUUGCUUGCUAGUCAAGUAACUCUGAGAGUUUUAUCAUCCUCAACGAUUGUUACUAACAGUCUUGGCUUUUACUUUUCAGGAACAAAGUUUUGAUUUUUGACUAGGAUGAUGAUGACAUAUUGAUAUCUACGAUUGUGUAAAAGUCAUAAACCUAAGAAAAUGUUGAUUUUCUUCUUGGUUAGGUUAUAUUCGAGAUCUGUUAUGUAACACAACCUCUUGUCUUUGGUGGAAAGAUAAUAUUUGAUAUUGAGAUUCGUUCAUUUUAAUGUACCUUCUUGUUUUGUAAUUUGAUUCUUCUGUUUUUCUGCGGUGUUAAAACUAGAAUUAUAUUCAAAGCUUCAAAAUAGUAGAUCAAUAGGGGUAGGAAUAUAGGUCAAACUACAAAAUCUGUUAACUAGAACAUGUCAAAGAUUUGGAGUAAGAAUUGCACCUUGUUUGGUAGGAUGACAAUGCUAAGAGACUAAUGUUUGUGAUUGUAGGAACAACGAGUUUUCGAUGCUCUUGUCAACUCAGUGAGCAGACAAAAUGUCAAAACUCAAAAGACACCAAGUGUUUUGUAUCAAGAGUAACUCUGGACAAUGUGACACAGAUUCAUAUUUUUCAUAAAUAGCAAAACCUUGUUUGAUAAACAUUAAUUUGUUGUUUUUGUUACAACUAGAAGAAAAAUACAGUAUAUUGAUCUAAAACUGAGUUUUUCUACUAAUUUACAUACUUGUUAAAAAUUAUGGAGUUAGUCAUCGCUGAUAUAUUUCGAUUGCCCAUAUAUAUAUAUAUUCAUAAUAUAAGAUCAAGUUGCGAAUUGGGUUGAUAAACAAGAACUUUCACGAUUGAACCUAAAACUGAACUAACGAUGUAACGGUAUUAACGCAAGCAAAUAUAAAGGUAUUCGUUUAAAACCAUAAUCCGAAGGCAAUUGUAUAGUCUCCAAAAUUUGCAAAAAAACACAAAGUCAUCAUCAAGCAAGAGAUAAAACAGUAACACAACAUGUAACCUAAACGAAGAUA